ACUUAUUAAGAAAAAGUGAUAUUUUUAGUAUUUUAAAACGUUUAAGCAAGAAUAUCAGUUUUCUUAGUGUAAAAAUUAAAGAGCAUCAAAGAAAAAUAAAAUGAAAUUACAUAGCAAAUAUUUAAUAAGUUCAUUUAUUGUGGUUGCAUGUUGUCUGCAACAAUGUUGCUUGGGCCAAAGCUCAACUGUUCGUCCCUAUAAGUUCGGUUUCACCAUUGACGAACAACAGCAUCGUUCGGAACAAAGAGAUGAGCGUGGUAUUGUGAUGGGAGAAUUUGGUUUCAUAACAGCUGAUGGAAUUUAUCAUGUGACAGUAUAUGCAACCGAUGAGCAGGGCCGAUUUCGUAUAUUGGCCAUGAAAAAUUAUCCCUAUGAAUCACCACCUAAAACUGUUGAAGUGAUGGUAAAACCAAAGAUUCCACCAACCACUACCACAACCCCCAAACCUUUGGCAAGACAUAAUUUCAAUACCGAAGCCUGUUCAGGCUGCUUUUUAACAAAUGGCAACAACAAGCCUAAAGGUAUCAAUGGCAUAGAUGCAAAAACCGGAAAGAGCGAUAUAAGACCUUUGUCGAAAUCAUUACCCAGUCCAGGUUCUAAUUCAGCAGCAAACAAUAAAUCCCCUAAUAAUAACCCAGCUACAGGUAAAAUUUCAGAUUUAAAUGGUGAACAUAGUUUAUUAACUUUCAAAUCAAAUGAAAAAGUUAUAAAACAAAACACACUGCUAACAAAAUCUUUAGAAUUUAAAGAUUUUACUGCACUAAAAAAUGCUGUGAAGACUCAGCAAUUAUUUAGCACAAAACCUUCAACACUUGCACCCAAUAAAGUUGUUUCAACAGCUUUAAUAAUGGCCCUUGAUAAAGUUGGAUCUACAACUUCAGCACUUGCACACAAUAAAAUUGUCACAACACCUUCGACACUUGCACCUAUUACAACUCCUUUUAAUCUAGCACCCAAAAAAAUUGUCUCAACGACUUCAACUCUUGCACCUAAUAAAUCUAUUACAACUCCUUCUAUACUUGCACCCAAAAUAGUUGUCUCAACAACUUCAACACUUGCACCUAAUAAAGCAAUCUCAAUACCUUCAACACAUGCACCCCAUAAGUUUGCCGCAAAGGAACAUGCAACUGGAAAUCAUGUUACUUCCACAGCUGAAGAUCAUGGAAACAUUAUAGUUGAUCAAAAUAAAUCAGUUAUUAAAACAUUGCAAAUUCCUUUGCAAAAACAAAUAUCUAAGAAUAUACCCCAACACAAUGCACCUCUAGAUAAACACCAAUUUGAAGUAGUAGCACUUUCAACAGACAAAAAUAAAGCUAUUAUUAAUAAUGCUCUGAAACCUAUGAAAACUAAAUCUAUUCAAUUUUUAAAACAUGAUUUGUAUACACCCACACAAACUGCAGAACAAGAAAAAACUUUUACACAAAAAACACCAACACCAAAGAAUGCGCUUCAACCACCAAUUGAGGAAAAUUCAAAAACUGAUAUCACACCCUUUAAAGAACAAAAUUUAAAAACUCAUACAAACUCACAAGGCGACAACACACCGGUAAAUAAUUUGCCAACUGAAACACGACUAAUUUCCCAAGCAGUAAGUCCAGAAACUUCCGGAAAACAAGCAGCACAAACACCACCAACCACAAAUACAUUAAACAAACAAAACACUCCACAAUCCACUAUUAGCAAAGACACAAACCAAAUAACAUCAAAACCAUCGGCCGGAAGCCCUGGUUCAGUAGCAAAGACAAACGCCGGAAAUCCUCCACCACCCAUAAUGGACAUAAUUAUGCAAAAAGUACUUCCAACCCUUAUGGGCAAAAAGGCACCAACACCAUCAUCUACCCCUACGCAGUCUACAACCCUUAACAAUAAACCAAAUGCAGUGCCAUCAUCUGGCAAAAAGCCCAGCACAGGCAAUGCCGGCAAAUCUGGCGGCGGAAGUUCCGGUUCUUCUUCAGCUAACGGUGACGGUGAUUUGUAUCGUUUCAAAUACAUUUUAGACUAUCACGGCCACACUGAAACAGGUAAACGUAACGGCAACAAGGAGGGCAGUUAUUAUGCAAUUGGUGAUGAUGACGUUGAGCGCACCAUUGAGUAUGUGGCAAAUGAAUUUGGCUAUCAGCCACGUAUACGUUGGCGCAAGAUAGAUCGCAAUGAAAUCAAGUCCAAAGAAAACACUCUUAAGGAUUACGAAUUUGUGUGGUUCAAUCAAUAAAGUACACAUAGCUAAAACACAUAAAUAAUUUAUUGACGAAAACAAUUUAACUUGAUUGAA